AUGGCUCGAUCUCUUGCUCUUCUCGCUGGUGCCCUCGCCACUGUUGCGGCCCAGACUACAACCGUUGAAUUCCUCCUCCCCAUGUUCGAUCCUCAGCCUCUUGAGGGCUCUGUUGUUGCCGUGAAGGGCGGCGCGACUACUCUUGCUAUUCACUGCCCUGAUGCAAAGGCGACAAACUGCGGCCUUGACAGUACCAGCACCAUUGUCGGUGGCCCCUCUACCAUUGAGUACUCUUACACCAUGCAUCCUGAUGUUGAUGGAUUCGGUGGCGGUGAAAUUAAGCAAAACAUGGGUUGCGUCCUGGACCCCAAGAAGGAUGUCGCUACCUGUUCCGUUCACCAAGUUGCAGUUCUCUCUGGUACCACCUCCGCCACCUCAAUGACUGAUAGUGUGAGUGGCUACAAGUCGCUUCUCAUGCCCAUCACUGUUACCGCUGGCGUCAACAAGCUCAACGGCAAUGAUGAUGCUUCCGCUACCGAGGCCGCCGGUUCUGAGGCUACUUCUGCCGAUAAGCCCAAGGACACUGGUGCCAAGGCCACUGAUACCGCUGACGCUACUACUGCUUCUUCUGAUGCUGCUGCUACUCCCGUGAGCUCCGACAAUGCUGCUGGUCCUAUGAAAACCCAGAAUGCUGUUCUGGCUGCGGCUGCUGUUGUUGGCGGUGCUGCUAUGUUGCUGUAG